AUGUUGACAGAUGAUGCGGUCGCUGAGCUCUUGAGCAGAGAAGCGAAGGACGCAUCCAUGAAGUAUUCGUCGAUGGGGCUCGAAGCGUUCAGGUCCACCAAGCCUGCCCACAAGGCGAAACCGAACACCCGCUUUCUUGGGCGCAUCAUCAAAGAGACAACGAAUCACAAUGCCGCUCUCUUAGCCAGGGAAGCCGCAGAAGCCCAGGCACGGCUAGACGAUUUGACCGAAUCCGAGGCAAAAAAGCGGCGCAAGCUAAACCCCAGCGCCUCUGACUUACGCCGACGACAAUUGGGCGACAUAUCCUCGAUUCUAGCGGGCCGGAAGCCACGCACCGGCGACCAGCGGGGCGAGAGACCGAAGGACAAAGAUGAAGAACAAGAUAAUAAAGGACGUAGGGGCGCACCGCGCGAGCGACGCCGCAGUCCACAUGCGGAGAGACAAGAGGACAAAGAAGAGGAGAAAUACCGAUCGCGGAGAAGACGGGAUGAUCGGAAGAGUAGGGAACAUGGUUCCCGCCACGACAGAUCUCGCUCGCCGCGUGGGGGGAGCCGCCGACACCGACACCGACACCGGUCACCUUUGAGCAGCAGCGAGGAGGAACACCGGUCGCGCCACUCGAGAUCUCACCGAAAAAAGUCCCGCCAAGACCAAGAUCUUAUCGGCGGUGAGUCGUCGAACCGCAGAAACUAUGGCCGGCUCCGUGAGGACGAUGAUGACGCUACGAAUUCCUCGAAACAUGGCCAGCUAAACGAAAAUAUUGACGACGAUUCGGACCCUCUUGACGAUUUCAUCGGCCCAGCACCACCAUCUGAAUCCCGAGUUCAACCUCGUGGGCGCGGGGCGCUUCGAGGGGCCGCAGCCAUGGACGAUCGGUUUAGCAAGGACUAUGAUCCAUCUUCUGACAUUCAACCCCAGCCAGCCGCAACCGAAAACUGGGAUGAAGCAGUCGAGACGUUCCGCGACCUCCAAAAGUGGAAGCAGCAGGGUGCUGAGCGUCUCCGCACGGCCGGGUUCACGGAAGCGCAGAUCAAAGAGUGGGAAAAGGGUGGCCAGAAGGACAUCGACGAUGUGCGAUGGAGUAAGGCUGGGGAAAAACGCGAGUGGGACAGGGGCAAGGAGGACAGUGAGACUUGA